GUGGGUCAUAUGAUCGUGAUCAUGGUCAAGAGUCACCGAGUGGCUUCCAGAAGAUCAUACAUCUCGUCCACGUGUCACUUCCAAGUCAUCACAUCUCACCCGAUUCACACACUCGAUCCGGAACUACUCAUUAUCUGACCGAGCCCGAACGGAGAAUCUGGAGAUCCACCGUCGUGCUGUCCGGGAACAUGAUUCUGCGGGCGCCCGCCGUUUGAGUAUCGGAGUGUGGCGGUUAGGGGUUUGAUAGCGGGAGAGUGGAGCAGCUCAGCUGUCAUUGAUGAGCGGUUUGAGGGGGAAGGAAGAGCGGGUGAGGAUCUUCAUUUAAGGCGAUGCUGAGGCGGAGAAAGGGCUCGGAGCCCGAGAAGAGUUCGGGGGGUGAUUCGAAGGAUCAGAGAGAGGAUGAGAGCAAGAAGGAGAAGGAGAAGGAGAAGGGGAAGCUGAAGAGUACGAAGAAAUGGUCGUGUAUCGAUAAUUGUUGCUGGUUUGUUGGUUGUAUUUGUUCAAUUUGGUGGUUUUUGCUGUUUCUCUUCAACGCCAUGCCGGCUUCGUUUCCUCAAUACGUGACCGAGGCGAUCACCGGUCCGUUGCCAGAUCCGCCGGGCGUGAAAUUGAGGAAAGAGGGCUUGACGGUAAACCAUCCGGUGGUUUUCGUCCCCGGGAUCGUCACCGGUGGGCUCGAGCUCUGGGAAGGGCAUCAGUGCGCAGAUGGAUUGUUUAGGAAGAGGCUUUGGGGUGGCACAUUUGGAGAGGUGUACAAAAGACCCUUGUGCUGGGUUGAGCACAUGUCACUGGAUAAUGAAACUGGAUUGGAUCCUCCUGGCAUAAGGAUUAGACCUGUAUCUGGACUUGUGGCAGCUGAUUACUUUGCUCCUGGUUAUUUUGUAUGGGCAGUUUUAAUUGCUAACUUGGCUCGCAUAGGAUAUGAGGAGAAAACCAUGUAUAUGGCAGCAUAUGAUUGGAGAAUUUCAUUUCAAAACACUGAGGUAAGGGACCAAUCGCUGAGCAGAAUAAAAAGUAAUAUAGAGCUCAUGGUAGCUACAAAUGGUGGGAAAAAGGUGGUUGUUAUCCCACAUUCAAUGGGUGUAUUAUAUUUUCUGCAUUUUAUGAAAUGGGUUGAGGCACCAGCUCCAAUGGGUGGUGGGGGUGGAUCAGGUUGGUGUGCUAAGCAUAUAAAGGCUGUAAUGAACAUCGGUGGACCAUUUUUAGGUGUUCCAAAAGCAGUUUCAGGACUUUUCUCUGCUGAAGCCAAGGACAUUGCUGUAGCCAGGGGUAUUGCACCAGGUUUUCUGGAUGCAGAUGUAUUUGGUCUUCAAACUUUACAACAUGUGAUGCGAAUGACCCGAACUUGGGAUUCAACAAUGUCAAUGAUACCGAAAGGUGGAGACACUGUUUGGGGCAACCUUGAUUGGUCUCCAGAAGCUGAAUACAGCUGUAAUCCAAAAAAGCAGAUGAAUAACGAUAACAAGACUGCUGACCAGACUGAGAAAGGGAGUCUGGGAUUGAAAAACAGUAUGAAUUAUGGAAGAAUUAUAUCAUUUGGGAAGGAUGUAGCCGAGGCACACUCAUCCAGGAUUGAGAGAGGUUCUUUUGAUUUACAGGGUGCUGUUAAGGGUAAGAACUUUGUCAACACAACUUGCCGUGAUAUCUGGACGGAGUACGAUGACAUGGGCAUCGGAGGUGUUCAAGCUGUUGUAGAUUACAAGUCUUACACUGCUGACUCAAUCCUGGAUCUCCUUCAUUUUGUUGCCCCAAAGAUGAUGUCACGAGGAGAUGCUCAUUUUUCAUAUGGGAUUGCUGACAAUUUGGAUGACCCAAAAUAUAAACACUACAAAUAUUGGUCAAACCCCUUGGAAACAAAAUUACCAAAUGCGCCAGACAUGGAGAUCUAUUCUAUGUAUGGAGUUGGAAUUCCAACUGAAAGGGCAUAUGUUUACAAGUUGACUCCUGGUGCUGAAUGCUACAUUCCCUUUCAGAUAGAUACCUCGGCAGACGGGAGCAGCAAGGACACCUGUCUAAAAGGUGGGGUUUUUUCUGUGGAUGGAGACGAGACUGUUCCUGUUCUAAGUGCAGGAUUCAUGUGUGCAAAAGCUUGGCGGGGUAAAACGCGAUUCAAUCCUUCAGGCAUACAAACUUACAUAAGAGAAUAUGAUCAUGCUCCUCCAGCUAAUCUUCUAGAGGGCCGUGGCACCCAAAGUGGUGCUCAUGUUGAUAUAAUGGGGAAUUUUGCAUUGAUUGAGGAUAUUAUAAGGGUAGCAGCAGGGGCUACAGGAAAGGACUUGGGUGGAGAAUCUGGAGAUCGAGUUUAUUCUGAUAUUUUCAAGUGGUCAGAAAAGAUCAAUUUGAAGCUUUAGAUUGGUUUGAUCUCUGUGCUUCAUCACCCUGCUGAUGGUCGCUCGGGGCAGCAGUCCUGCUUGCUGCGGUAAGCUUCCCUACUUCCAUUGCCUUGCCAGCCCAAGGAACACUGCUGAUGUGCUGUCAUUCACAUGUACUUAUAGCCUGUAGUUUGGGGAGCUGACAAAUCUGGUUCAUGAAACCGGUUUCCCACUUUGUACCAGAUUCUCUUACCAUGCUAGGCUCUCUUAAUUUCAAGAGUGCCUGAAAUUUUGAAACUUUUGAUUAAAUUAUUUGAUCUUAGUUAAUAAAAGGAUAGAUCGAUAUCCACCAUUUACCUUCAUUAGCCCACAUAGCAAACCAUUAAAAUUAAUACAUUAGCUCAUGAUUUCCUCA